UCAUCCGUCGUAACGUUUCACAUAGGUUUUAUCAUGAACAUCGCAUGAUUUUGUGUAUACUGUAAUUUGUUGUCAUCGAGUACAUUCGCACAUCCAAUGGGAAUUGCGAGCAGUGUGAGUCAGUUAAGCAAGAACGAUUAUUUGCAGCGUUUCGCAGGGGUCGAGCACAUAUCUGCGAACGACCCAAUAUGGAACCAGCUCCUAUCUUUCCAGUUCAAGAAGCCAGUCACUCGAGCGGAAUGCAAGGCCAUAGAAGAAAGCACGGAGGAUCUUUGCCACGCUCUUCUGCAAAAUCAACCACGGUCCAGAAAUUUCGCUUCCCUCCUGUGUGUGUUUAUUGCCCGCGUGUCGGAAAUCAAACCCUCCACGCAGACGCAGGAUAACUUGUUCAUAUGGCAGGCUACAAACGCAUUAUUUGUCGUUAAACAUUGCCUGAAGUACUUCGUUGAAAAUGCCGAAGUUGACGUCGUUGCCCGUCAGUUCGACCUAGACAAACAGUUCCAGCGUGAAAUGGAUGCCUCGUACGGUGGUAACCUACUUGAUGCCUUUAUUGGUUCUCUCAUGGAAAUUAUUGUUGACGUGCCAGUCGACAACCAAACCUAUGAAUUGCAUCUGGAAGCAGUCAACACCAUGGUGAUCUUGAUGUCUGUUCAAAUGUUCAUGACGUCUCAGGCGGAACACCGCACAUUAUUCCAAACAUUGAUGUACGGCAACUGCUCGAUCCACUCCGGAAUGCUAGUGAAGCAGUUGCUGACGAAUUUUACGGAACGACUGAAAUACAAUGACGCUGGAGGAUCAGUUAUCUUGGGUCUCGCAUCGGGUCUAUGGUCGGCUUUGACUUUCGGUUACGAAUCAAAGAAAACGGAAACUGAAGAAGGUGGCUCCGAAGCAUGGAAGUCGAUGCCUCUCGCCUUGCAAAGCGUUCAUUUGCUCCUGUUACUAGUGAGUCAUUGCUCCCACGAGAGACAAGGAGUUUUCAAUCCGUACCGCCAAGCCCUUUUUUCCUUUACCGCAUCAAAUUGUGAGUCGAGUGCAUUUUAUGAAAUUUGUUUAUGUGAUACACAGUACAGUACUCGCUCCGAUUUUUCCGCAGUGAAAGAAUCCACAGCACUUCCCAGGAACGUCGCAGUGACCUUCAAUUUCGAUUAUGUGAAACUUUAUGACGUGUUUAGCUCCAUUGAACACUGUGAUCAGACGACUGUAUUGCUGUAUAUUUUGCUUCACAAAAAUACGCAGUUCCGUAUCUUUGUCCUCUCGCGGUCCAACAUUGAAAGCAUCAUCUUGUUACGACAAAUUAAACGCCUUUUCUCACCCCAGGUAAUGCCAAUUUUGAGAACUUUGUACAAUGCUCCACGAAGCAACCCGCAGCACAUUUAUAUGUCCCUGAUCAUCCUACUAAUUCUUUCCGAGGAUGACAUCUUCAACUCUACCGUCCACGACAUUGCGCUGGCGAAUGUUGCGUGGUAUCAAGAGCGGAAUAUUACCAAAAUUUCUCUCGGCGGACUUGUGAUCCUUGUUAUUAUCCGCACAAUCCAAUACAAUCUGACUCGAACUAGGGACCGCUACUUGCAUACCAACUGUCUUGCUGCGCUGGCAAAUAUGUCAGGAAAUUUUCAAGACUUGCAUCCAUAUGUAAGCCAGAGAAUCCUGAACUUGUUUGGUUUUCUCGCCAAACGUUAUGAGAAAUUGUGUGAACAAGUGUGCGUAGAGACCGAAGGAAAUGAAGCGCAAACUCCAGAGUCGGAACCUGAAUCGGUUCAGGACAUGCAUGUGCUGGAAGAGGUUCUCAGGAUGGUUUUGGAAAUCAUAAAUUCCUGCCUUUAUUAUCAACUCCCGCGGAAUUUAAAUCUGGUUUAUGCCAUUUUGUACCAGAAAGAGGUGUUUGACAAGUUCAGGUCUCAUCCCACCUUUCAAGACUUAUCUCAUAAUAUUGACGUGAUUAUCAACCACUUCAAACAGAAAGUAGACGCCGCCGGCCAAGACUUGUCCGUCGAGGAAGUUCAAACUGUGAUAAAGAACGCGUCAGUGCGGUGGCCAAAAGAAAGCCUGAAAAAGUUCCCAGACCUCAAAUUCAAAUACGUUGAAGAAGAGGACCCGGAAGAGUUUUUUGUUCCUUACAUAUGGUCCGUUGUUGCUGCGAGUGCCCGGAUCUAUUGGAACACAGAUAAAAUCUUGCUCUUCAAUUGGACCCCGGAAAAUUCGAAAGACGAGCCUAACGAGCUAGUUAUAGACCGACUGUCUGAAGUGCAUCAAGCUAACGGUGUAACAGUGUGUUGAAAUAGCUUAAGUGCAACGGAAUCUCUUGUCAGGUUUUCUUUUUUAAUUUAUUCAGGAUUUGGUUUUAACGAACUCUUUCAAGAGUUGCCGGAGGUCGAGAACAAUUGAUCACAUACUCAGUGCUCAUCUUCACCUUCCUUUUCGCUUUAAAUGAGUUUCCGAAUCGUAACUCUUGCUCAAUUGUUUGAAUCCGAACAAACUAUCGCCUGUUUUCAGAAAACGUAUGCCGGCAAUGCAAAUUUUAAUCAUCGAAACACAGUACCUGUAGUUGUCGGAAUCCAGUGAGUAUUGACUCGAGUUUCACCGUUAUCUGUCGUUAAUUCCGACGAGGAGUAUUCAAGGUUCAAGGGUGAUUGGAAAAAAUAUUGUAAAAUAUUCUGAAGAAGGUAACAAAUCAUUGAGAUUAUUUUCAGACAAGGAAUUUUCUUCGUCCUUUCAACUUGAUUCUUUUUUCGUUUGUGGUUGUAUUUGUUACAAGACUGGAAUCACCAGUUUAUUUUUUUGCGGUCAAGGUUAGCGCACUUGGAAACGUUCGUUUGAAAUUUCGGUGAUUUUUGUUGAAAUCGUGGUUUUGAUGAUUUGGUUUAGCUUCUAAUUUCUAGGAGAGUAGGGUUUGAAACGCAUUAUCAUUUAUUUCUCACCGUCUCAAAAACUGAAAGGAGCUGUUUAUUUAUUUCUGGAGUUUGUUGUCAACAUGGGGCUGUAUUGAAUCAUGAAUCCCUGGGUUCGCUGGAUGA